UUGCUGAUGCUCGGUGAAGGUAGUGGGCGGAGCAAGGCGACCUCCGAGCGGUAUUGAGUUGCUUAGUAGUCUGUUCUGGAAAAACUCAUGCAAGACAAUGAGGUGCAACUCGAACUACACAACUAAACCGUCGACUGGGUUUCCACAGCAUCGGAAUGACUCGAAUCAAAUUAACGCCACACCCAUAGAAGCUAUGUAUUCACUGCUAGACUGAGUAACAUUUACCCACCGUCUCUUUUGCUGUUACAAUGGACCCAUCAUUAUCUGAAUUGUUCUUACCAUCAUGUCUCCGUCCACUCGUCGUCUUUCCCGGCCAAAAAUCUUGCGUCGUAUUCCUCCAAGGAACCGAUCGUUUCCAUUGGAACCUAAACUUCCGCCAGAACUAUUCAAUCUCAUCCUUGACUAUCUCCAGUUCUCGUUACCAACUCUUAAGGUGUGCUGCCUCGUAGCGCGCUCUUGGAAUGCUCGUUGUCAACCAUAUCUCUUUCGCGUCGUGAAUCUGGAUGUCUGGAGUCUUCCUCCAGUCGCACUUCAGAUCAGGAAACGAUCCUUCAUUCGCAGACUUGAAGGUCUUUCCAGGAAGAGCCAUCUAGUUCAGUUCACGCAAAGAAUGUGGAUAGAGACAACGAGUUCCCGAGUCGGCAAUAAGGUCACUCCCAAGUUCAUCUACCAAAUCCUCACCAACAUUCCCAUGUUUACAAAUCUUCAUACCCUGGUUUUGAAUGUUCCGUGGAAUUUUCGCUGGGGGAAUUCUUCAGAAUGGCCCUCCAAAACUCUAGGAUCAUCUCUAAGCAACCUUAUCAGACAAAACCCAAACCUAAACUCGCUUUCUCUUAGUAAUCCAAUAUUUUCAUCGUUGGACGAUCUUCUCGCCAUCGUGGGUUUUUAUUCGUUGAAUCUUGAGCAUUUAACGAUAGAGAACGUACAAUCAAUUCCCGAGGAAAUGCGAGAGACUACUUCUGAUGAAUUUCGAUUAUGGAUGGAAGAGAUUGUUGCUCAUCGCGAGCCUCAUCACUUCCAUCUGAGCAUGCUUGGUUUGGGCUAUAUGCAUCCACGAAUUCGGAACGAGAUAUUGAUGUAUCCUGGGUUCAUCGAUUGGAAAGAAGUGAAGCACUUGAAUCUGUCUUGGGACAGACACCAUGCAUCUUCAUGCUCGACCCUCUUGUAUUGUUGCUUACACCACAAUCUAGAGACACUGAUAUUGUCGAUUGUGUGUUGUACAGAUAUCUUUGCCCUCGAUAUACAGCGCAAUCAACUCCCAAAACUCAAAUUUCUGCGCAUAUUUUCCGAAUCGGUAGGCGCGAUAACAACAGUUCUUGAGCAAAUUAUUCCUGCAAGUCCUCGGUUGCUUGGGCAAAUUGAAGUGGUCUUAGAUUGGGCGGUCCCCGGUGUAAAGAAAAUUCAUAACUCUCGCACGACCUCCCCUGUCGUUUCCCAACUGGACCCGCUCUUAGCCCAUUGGAUGCAAAGCCAAUAUGAAUACUUCCGUUUUGUGCACGUUGAUAUCUAUAUGUUCUACAGGAAAUUUUCGUUGAAAGAGCUGCAAAAGCUGUUUCAGGUCCUGUUGCCCGAAAGUUUUCGAAUACCAGGCUUCCACUUUGGACAAUGCCAUGGAGGCUUUCAUUAUAAUAAUCAGUGUCGCGGAACAACGAGCUUUUACUAAACAACUUUGCCAAUUGCCAACUGCCAAGCGCAAUAUGAUAUGGGCAGUGAAAUUAUGAAGGCUUCUGUAUACUAUAACACAUC